AAUAAUUUUUUGGUUGUCCACAACUUUUGGGGUUUAGUUUCCAAACUGUUGUCAUGCAGGGAGUACGUAAGAGUUACUAGAAAGGGUCAUCAAGCCCCAAAAUUGAGCGGUGUUGUGAAAUUGUGUGUCCAUAAUGUGGUUGCUUAAAGGUUUGGCAAUGCUCGUACUGGUCCUCAUCGGCCUCAACGAUGCAUACAAAAUUCUGGCGAUUUUCCCGACUUUAGCAAAAUCUCACUACUUCGUGGGUUCAGCACUUGUACGUGAGUUAGCCGAGAAAGGGCAUGAAGUCACUAUGAUUUCUCCCUUCUCCACGAAACCGCCAGCAAAAAAUGUUAAUGAUAUUGUCACUACCCCUAGUUCAGAAUUGGUUAAUGGAUUCACGCCCAAUUUCUUCGAAAUGAAAAGUAUGUACAUAUUCCAAACGUUUCUUAUGUUAUACAAUUUGGGAGCGACUACAGUAAAUGCAACAUUACAAUCGAAGGGAGUCCAGGAGCUAAUGAACUCAAAGCAGAAAUUCGAUGUGAUUAUUUGCGAAGCAUUCGCAAUAGAAGCAUUUUUGGGUUUUAGCCAUCAUUUUCAUGCCCCAGUGGUAGCAGUCUCGACGUUUGGUGCUUCGGGGUUUACAACACGACUCGUAGGCUCUCCAAGCCCACCCUCCUACGUACCGAAUGCGUUUCUCCCUUACACAGAUAGAAUGACUUUAUUAGAACGAGUUCACAAUAUAAUAACCGAAACAAUAGAUCAUAUCCUAUACGAAUGGUAUCACAUACCCAUGCAAGAGAAGCUAUACGAUCAGUACUUCCCGGACCCAAAGCCAGACUUCCGUGAUAUAACAAAAAAUGUUUCGCUGGUGCUGCUGAAUACCCAUUUCAGUCUGGGAAGGCCAAGGCCGUAUGCUGUAAAUAUGAUUGAGGUGGGAGGGUUGCAAGUGAAUCGAAAACCCAAGCCUCUUCCAGCAGACAUCCAGGAUUUCCUUGAUUCAGCAAAAGAUGGCGCAAUAUACUUCUCAAUGGGAUCAAAUUUGAAAGGCGUUCACUUUCCAGUGGAAAAACGAAAUGCCAUAUUAGCAGUGUUCAGAACACUGAAACAAAAAAUAUUAUGGAAAUGGGAAGAUGAAUCUCUCCCGGGGAAACCCGACAAUGUUUUGAUCAAAUCCUGGUUUCCUCAAGAUGAUAUCUUGGCACACCCAAACAUUAAGCUUUUUAUUACACAUGGAGGCUUACUAAGUACUACCGAAUCAGUUUACCAUGGAGUUCCUAUUGUUGGAAUACCAGUUUUCGGCGAUCAACCCCUCAAUAUGGCACUUGCCGAGAAGGCGGGAUUUGGAAAAAAAGUUGACCUGGAACAUCUCGACGAAGAGCAUUUCAUGGCGGCUGUCAAUGAAGUUUUAACGAAUAUAAAAUAUGCUGAUCACAUGAAAAAAAUAUCAGAUCGUUACCGAAAUCAACCACAAACGCCACUGGAGACUGCAGUAUUUUGGGUGGAGUACGUGGCCAGACAUAAUGGAGCACCACAUAUGAAGUCAGCUGGACAAGAGUUGUCCUUCAUUCAAUAUCAUAAUAUAGACGCAUUAGCGAUUAUUUUCGCAAUCAUUGCAAUAAUUAUGUACGCUCUCAAAAGCGCAUUUUCAGCAUUAAGUUCUUUAGUGUGUGAUCGAAAGGAACGAUACGGACCAGAAAAGAAACAUAAAUAACGAUAAACUAGUGAUGCUCAUAUAAAAGUAAUGAAGUAAGGGUAGUUCUUGAGUUGAUGAAGAUGAAAACAGAUAAAAAUAAAUGAAAUAUGGAUAUAGCUUUAAUUCCUUGUAUUUGAAUUUGAAUAAACUUUAAUAGCAAAUAAAUUGUUGAUUCAAGAAUUUAAGUAAAACAAUUGUUUAACUUCACUAUACUGGUAAUUACAUUACUCAGAAGCAUCGUCAGUUGAAAACUAAUUUACAUUUAUCAACACUUAUAAACUGACUUGUAAUUUUUGGUAAUAAAAUGAUAUAAACACCCUAGA